GGCGGUGGGGGCAGCCGCGUGGAGCUGCUGGUGUUCGGCUAUGCCUGCAAGCUGUUCCGGGACGACGAGAAGGCCCAGUACCAGGAGCAGGGCCGGCACCUCAUCCCCUGGAUGGGAGACCCCAAGAUCAUGAUCGAUAGGUCGGUGCAACCCAACCCCCAGCCUUUGCUGCGAGAUCUCCUGUGAUAGCCUCUUUCUGCUCCUCCCCCAGUGCUGCGGGGUGUGUGGGGGCCUCCCUCUGGCAGGAGGAGCGGGGGAGUGCUUCGUCUCUGGCAGCGUUAAGGGAGGCCCUUCUCCCUGGCAGUGGGUUUGGGUGUCCCCGUGGCGAUGUUGGGGAACCCUUUCCUCUGGCAGGGAGUAUUGGGGUUUCCCUCUCUGGCAGGAUUAGGAGUCUCUCCCCUUCCUCUGGCAGAUGGUAUUUAUUGGGGUCCCCUCCCCCUGUCAGGGUGGGUAUAUGUGGGGAGGGGUGGGAAUAAUCUGCUCCUUUUCAAAUCAAACCCCAAGCAGCUUCUCACCUCAAAAGAAGGGGGGCUCUUGCUAUAAGGGAAUGCUAAAUUAGAAACUUAAAUCGUGGGGUCCAUAAGCAAGAAGGGGGGGAGGUUAUUUUGCACAGAGAGGGAAAUUAGGCUGAGUUGAAUUCCUCCAGUUAAUUUAGACGAUAAAGUGCCGAUGGGAUCCCCUAAAAAGCAGUUCCUGGCAUGAUUGCUCCCUAGUCAUGCCAUGAGUUGUGGCAGUUAGGCCACUUAGCUUUCCUUCCCAGGAAUUUCAGACUUCUAACCUCAAUUAGGAGUUGCUUUUUUGGUUGUUUUUGUGAUUUGUAGCAGUUCACAGUCUGAGGGAUUAACAGGAUCUGGCUAUUUGAUUUUUUUCCUCUGGUCUCUGCAGUAGAUUCAGCAACUCAGGAUCAGAUGGAGGAAUAUAUUAGUUCAAAACCUGCUUUUCAGUGGCUCUUGUGAGGGGGGGGGAUGGAGAAUCAGGUCAGGAGUGUUUUGUGGGGGCUUGAAAAGCACAGUGCUUUAAGCAGUUGUGGUUGGACCUGAAGACUCAAAUGGGAAAACCUGAAGGGCUUUGGUUUGAAAAGGAUCACAUCACAUACUGUAGGCAUUUGCUCCCUCAAUUCCCACUUCAUUAGGCCUCUUUCAGUGGUUACAUGUGAUUUCCAGGUCCUAGGCUCGCAACCAUAUCUACUCGAUUGGAAUAAAUAUUCAUUGAAGGGAGGUGGUGGGGAACCCCAUUAUGUGAAACUGGACUGGCAGAAAAGAUUCACAGAUGCCUUGUUUGGAGUAGUUAACAGGUCUUUCCCAUUUAUGAUUUCACUAAUUGAAAUCAAACACCUAAAUUGGAAAACAGAUCAGAAAUUAAUUAGUGUAUAGUUGUACGUUAUUGUUGAUAUGGAAGUUUAAACUUAGUGAUGGGGCCUGUCAUCUGAUGGUAGUUUAUUUUUGUGAUGAAAAAUUUCAUUAGCCAGUUCUGUGGUGUAAAUUAAGGUAUUUGUGGUUUCAUACAGUAAUGGCCUGAGAUAGAACAGCUGCAGCAAUUGUUGGGAGCAAACUCUAAGUAUGUGUAUGUAUGUAUACAUAACAUUUAAAACCAAUAACAAUCUACAUUUGUAAGUUAAGGAGGUUUGCAUUUAUGAGCAAAAGUUAGAAUCAGAUGAAACAUUAUGCACUAACCUUAUCAGCUCCUUUGGAAAUUCAGAUUUUUAUCCCCAACAGCAUGAAAUCUUUUCCCCCAGUUGAAGAAAGCCUAUUACUGUGGGAAGACUGGGGCAGAAAUUUGCCUGUGGAUAAACACUUUUGAUUAACAAGACCAACAUAUCUCAAUAACAUUUUCUAUUAGUUAUAUGUACUUUCUUUGUUUUUGAUUUAGCAAGAUGGCUCAGUCAAGAAUUGUGUGUGUGAGGACUAACCAGCGGAGUGAAGUUUACUAUCUCUUUAUUAUCUAUUGGUUUCUAAUAUUGACACAUAAAGGAGAAAUAUGUCAAACGUUAUCUUAAUGCAGCACUUUUUCUGCACACAAAACCAUUUCUGCUUAGGAGAUGAAAUCACAUCGUUGGUUAUUGGUGCCAUUUUUAUGGUGAACCUCCUUAAAUUGCAUGUAUAUGUUACUGUUCCUAUGUAUGUUUGUCUCUCUAUCACAUAACCCAGAACUUAUUUCCUCAGCCAAAUGGCUAGGGGUCGAGCCUAGCCAUGAUUUUACCUCCAAUGGACGCAAGUUUCUUUGGUGAAGAUCUCUCCUGAGAGUUCGGGACUAGCAGAAAGAAGCGAGAAAAUUUCGACCGUUUGGUUCUUACGGAUAGGUAUGAUGGACGUGGUCACCUCCAUGACCUCUCUGAAUAUGACGCUGAAUAUUCCACAUGGAACAGAGAUUAUCAAUUGUCUGAAGAGGAGGCUAGAAUAGAUGCCCUCUGUGAUGAAGAGAGAGGAAGAAUAUAAGAGACUGAGUGAAGCUUUAGCAGAAGAUGGUACAUAUAACGCCGUGGGAUUCAGUUAUGGCAGUGAUUAUUAUGAUCCUUCAGAACCCACAGAGGAGGAGGAGCAGCAGGCCUCCAGAGAAAGAGAAGCAGCUCAGGCAGAAAAUGUUGAAGAAAAUGAAGAACCUUUCAUUGCUCCCUUGGGACUGAGCGUACCUCCUGAUGUAGAACUGCCACCAACUGCAAAAAUGCAUGCAAUUAUAGAGCGUACUGCAAAUUUUGUGUGCAAGCAGGGAGUUCAGUUUGAGAUUAUGCUGAAAGCCAAGCAAGCCCGCAAUUCUCAGUUUGACUUCUUGCGAUUCGAUCACUACCUCAACCCCUAUUACAAACUCAUUCAGAAGGCUAUGAAGGAGGGACGAUAUGCUGCUCCUUCCGAAAACAAAAUGGAAGAAAAAAAGAAUUCAAAAGUUAAUUCUGAUGAUGAGGAUGAUGAUGAGGAUGAUGAAGAUGGCAACUACCUGCAUCCGAGUCUCUUUGCCUCAAAAAAGUGCAAUAGGCUUGAAGAGCUUAUGAAGCCUUUAAAAGUGGUGGAUCCUGAUCAUCCACUUGCAGCACUUGUCCGCAAAGCUCAGUCUGACAAUAACUCAUCUACCCCACAAUCGGCAGAUGGUGCAGCCAUACAGACGUCACAAGUGGACUAUCCUGCAGAUUCAACAGUGGCAGCCAUGUAUUACAGUUACUAUAUGCUACCCGAUGGAACCUAUUGCCUGGCACCUCCACCACCAGGAAUAGAUGUUGCCACCUAUUACAGUGCACUGCCUGCAGGGAUGACUGUGUCAAGCACUACAGGAGUAACAUCAAUGCCUCCACCUCCUGGUACUACGCCUCCACCUCCCCCAGAUACAACUGAUUCCAAUAGUGGGUUGACAUCUACUACACCUGCUGCAAGCACUAUUGCGCCAGUGGUUGCCAUUAUCCCCCCACCUCCAGAUAUCCAGCCUGUUAUUGACAAGCUGGCUGAAUAUGUUGCUAGGAAUGGAAUUAAGUUUGAAACCAGUGUUCGUGCCAAGAAUGAUCUGAGGUUUGAGUUCCUGCAACCAUGGCACCAAUAUAAUCCCUACUAUGAAUUUAAGAAACAAUUCUUCCUUCAAAAAGAGAACAGUGACAACUCUCAGGGUGUAUCUUUACCAGAAGAUGUUCCAGCAGAUACUGCUUCUGACACACAGGGUGAAACUCAGUUUCUGGAUGAUGACACUUCUGAAGAUGCAUCUGAGAUGAGUGCUCCGGGAAUUAUAAAGGAUUCACCUGUCAAUAAAACUAUCAGCGAUGGUAAAUUGGUGAAAGCAUCAUUUGCUCCAAUAAGCUUUGCAAUCAAGGCCAAAGAAAAUGACCUCCUUCCCUUGGAGAAAAACCGUGUUAAACUAGAUGAUGACAGUGAUGAGGAGGAGGAAGAGGGCAAGGAAGGCCAAGAGAAUGCUAGCAACUCUUCAAAUAAUAAUCCAACGCUCGCCACUCCCUGUACUGCUGCUGAAGAGAGAAAACCUCAGCUUACCCAAGAGGAGUUGGAAGCCAAACAAGCAAAGCAAAAACUAGAGGACAGACUGGCAGCUGCAGCAAGAGAGAAGCUAGCACAGGCCUCCAAGGAAUCAAAAGAAAAGCAGCUUCAAGCGGAACGCAAACGGAAAGCUGCAUUGUUCUUGCAGACCCUGAAGAAUCCUCUGGCAGAAGCAGAAGUUGAGAAAAUUGAGGAGAAUUCCUUUAAUAUGGAGAAAUGCCAAGAGGGGAAGUGUCAUCAACCAGGGAAAAGAGUCAGAAGGCUCUGCCAUGAGUACUGUAGCAAGGCUGUCAGUAACAUGCCAUAUCCUUUAUUGACUGGAGUCAGAACUUUACCCACCGUAGAAGUGAAAUCAUCAGAAAGGCCUUCAAUCCAAAACAAAGAUCCUCCCAAAGAUGAAGAAAAGGAAAAGAAAAAAAAGAAACACAAGAAAAGAUCUCGGACAAGAUCUCGGUCACCUUCCAAAUAUCAUUCGUCGUCUAAGUCCAGGUCUAGAUCACAUUCAAAAGCAAAGCAUUCACUUCCCACUGCCUAUAGAACUGUCAGGCACUCAAGACUCACAGCAUCCACAGGGACACUGAGCAUGGAGCCGAGUCUGAGCAACUCAUCAAUGGCAGCAGGAACAGAGCGAGAAAAUUAUCAGGCAGCUUCGACAACGAAAAGAUUUGACUGCUGGAGCUCUUUAGAGGGAAAUCCUGGUAAAACGUCAAGGUCACGAUCGAGAUCUCCACGGAGAAGGGUCCACUCACCUGAAAGGCGAAGAGAGGAAAGGGCUGUUCCAACGGCUUAUCGCAUUAGUAACAGUCCUGGAAUGAGUAGGAAACGCACACGUUCCAGAAGCCCACAUGAAAAGAAGAAGAAACAACGACGGUCUAGAUCAUGUACCAAGUCCAAAGCUAGGUCUCAUUCACCAUCCAUGUCACCAGGCAAACAGUCCACACAGAAGAACUCUGUACAUUCAACUAGUGUGUCUCCUGUGGAGAGUAGGGAAUCCAGCCAAGAACGCUCCAGGGGCGUUUCUCAGGAAAAAGAUGGCCAGAUCUCUUCAGCAAUCGUGUCUUCAGUGCAAAGUAAAAUAACUCAGGAUCUAAUGGCCAAAGUGAGAGCGAUGCUUGCGGCUUCCAAAAACAUACAAACUAGUGCCUCCUGAGACUUGUUGAAUUGACCAUCAAGAAAACGGUGUGAAGAGGAACACUUUAAAAAACUGCCUCAUCUCAAAUGUACAGCCGACAAAUUUAGCUCAUUUUGGUUCAGAUCUCUUUUGUCUAAAGUUAUCAAAACCUGAAGAACUAAAAACCUUAUCUGUACAGAACUGUUCCCUAGGAACUUCAAUGACUUUUUGCACCCAGAAUCUCUCUUGACAGCUUUUGGUUUUUGUAAAUUGAUUUUUUUGACUAAUUCUUCAGUAAGAUUUUAUGAUCAGCAGUCUGUAUAUAUGUAAAUAUCAUGUUUCUGUGAUAAAGUAUUACACAAUAAAAGAGGAGAGAAACACCUUUUAUUAGCAA